CUUAACUUGGCCGACAAGUAUGAAGGUGUCGUCGAUCCAGAUGGUACAGUUUGUCCCAUUUCGGCAUUGGAAGAUGAGGACGCGCCCCGUCCUUUCAAGGCUUUCUUAGAUGUGGGCUUAAAACGUACAUCAACAGGUUCAAAGGUCUUCGCAGCGUUGAAAGGUGCCUCAGAUGGUGGAAUUUUCAUUCCUCAUAGUGAAAAUCGGUUCCCAGGUUAUAACGCUGAAUCGAAAUCACUUGAUGCCGAAAUCCUUCGUAAAUAUAUAUAUGGGGGUCAUGUAGCUGAUUAUAUGCGCCUUCUUCAAGAAGAUGAUGAUGAUAAAUAUAAGCGUCAAUUCUCUAAAUUUGUUGAAAAGGGUGUUUCUGCUGAUGAUUUAGAAGAAAUUUAUAAAAACGCACACGCGAAGAUCCGUGCUGAUCCUGUAUUUAAACCCACCGCAAAGAAAGGUGAUUACAAGGAUUUCAAGAAG